AUAUCGGCUAUCGCAUUCAUUGAACUAGUUCUCGGCCAAUCAGCUGGCUGGACAUUAGAAUUAAAAAUAAACAUAAUUGAUUUUCUGCCCGAAAGUAUACGUAAACGCGUAGGCGCUCCCACCUGGCAGUGCAACCGAUUGACCGACUUGCAACCUCCACGGGCAGCGAUGGGCUCCGACGACCAGAGUGCCGGGGACAGGAUCCAGAAGGGAUUCCAGAUCAACUACAUGAUUCUGCGAGAUGCCGACAGUGGAAAGAUAAUCUGGCAGGAGAACAAGGACUUCUCGGCCCCGGACCAGGAGCACGAGGCGCGGGUGCCGGUAAAGAUACUGGAAAUGCGGGCUGUAUCCCGGGAGAUCAACUUCAGCACCAUCGAGUCGAUGGAGAACUUUCGCCUGGACCAGAAGGUGCUCUUCAAGGGCCGCAUCAUGGAGGAGUGGUUCUUCGAGAUGGGAUUCGUGGGUGCCAACACCACCAACACCUGGCAGUCGACAAUUGAGGCGGCACCCGAAUCCCAGAUGAUGCCCGCCAAGGUCUUGAAUGGCAAUGUGACUAUCCAAACCAGUUUCUACGACAACGAGACACUCAUCACCAAAUCGGUUGUGCGCCUGUACUACAUUUAGGCAACUGUGAGUCAUCUGGUCUUCUGCUGCUCGACCAGGUGUUCUCGCAUCCACUCACGAAUUCUUCUGGAUGUACUUCAAGAUGUUCUCUACACAACAUGCAUACUUCGCUUUAAAGUACUUCUGCAUUUCAAUGCAAUUGUUUGCGCGUUUAUUGAACGAAAUCUAGCCUAAUGCAUUUUAACCUAAUUUUACGUUUAUCACAGUAACUUAUUAAUAAAAGAUAACAAUUGUAAUGCGCAUAAAACAAGGAGUCUGCCAACUCGAAUUCGAACGCAACAUGCAUGCUUAUGUACAAAUCUUUUGUAGACUGUCAUAUAUGGACUAAAAAUAGCUGCAGAACAUUAUGUCACUUGAGAUAUUUUGUAUCUAUGGAUCUCUGUACCAGUUGUAAUCAAUCCAUUAAGUCUACUUAAGUCUGUUGAAGCUGUAUGAGAAGAAAUUUACUCAUACAAUCGAAAAAGUUGUAUUAGAUAUAGCCGAGCUGUACGCAAUUAGUCAGCAAAAAUAAACAGAUGUUAACAGAAA